ACGGUGCUUCAAUUAUAAAUAGGCCUUCGACAAGGUCGUGGCCAUGGAAACAGAAAUAAAAACUACAAGAAACCCGAGAGUCCAUGUGAGACUGGUUCCUCUAGGAUUAGACGGGUUAAGACUCCCAGCGCUCAGACGAAUCUUCCCAUUGUCUCACUAUGGAGCUGCCAUCUUUAUUGCUUUGUAUCCUGCUGAAAGUCUCGGCUGUUGGCUGUCAGGUCCUUGCACAGGAGCGCAUUGUCGGAGGCUACGUUCCCGUUCCGCAUUCAAUCAAGUACAUCGUGUCGAUACAGACGACGGACCGCCAGCACUUCUGUGGGGGCUUCUUGAUCAAUAAAUUCUGGGUAAUCACAGCAGCACACUGCAACAUCGGGUUAAACAGAAUGGUGAUGGUGGCAGGAGACUAUUCUUUGACAGUUUAUGAAGGUACAGAGCAAGAGAUCCAGCCCCAGAUUUUGCUUCCGCACCCUGACUACAACAGUGUCACAAACAACAGCGACAUCAUGCUUAUUAAGCUAAGGGCUCCCGUCUUCUUGAACAGCUACAUAUCUGUGGUUUUGCUGCCCCGGCAAGACGCCACCAUCGCAGAGGGCAAAAUGUGUAGGGUGUCAGGGUGGGGAUAUACGGCCCCCAGUGGGGGCCAAAUCCCAUCCACCCUUCGAACCGUCACACUUCCCAUCGUGUCUAUGGAGAAGUGCAACAGCAGCGACUCAUUUAAUGGGAGCAUCACUGAGAGCAUGCUCUGUGCAGGUUACAGUUUAGGAGGAAAAGAUGCCUGCCAGGGCGACUCUGGAGGGCCACUUGUGUGCAACGGUCGGGCCUAUGGCGUGGUGUCGUGGGGCAAAGGUUGUGCCGAAGCUCAGUUUCCUGGAGUUUACACUGCAGUGUCCAAGUUCCGCAAGUGGAUAGAUGAGACCAUAUUCAGCUACUACAGCCGAUGUCACACGAAUUAAAGCUCGCAGUGUUGAGUCGCCAGAGACUUAAUGUUCUUGAGUUUGGUCGAAAAACAUGUUUGAAUCAACAUUUGAGCGAGCUCCAGGAUAUUGUUGGGUUCAGUGAAUUGUUGCACAUGAUGGAAAGCACUUCUGUUUGCUUUCCAGAUGAGACGUGAAUGAGGUUGAUCACAGAGAUAUUUCAUGUUCAAAAGGCUUCAGUAUCUGGACUCUUAAUAAUACAUUUAAUAAUAGAGGUUUAUUUCAGGUGCAACAUUUAGUGUAAUUUUUGGACUGAUUUUCCCUUAAUGUAAUUUUGUAGCAUUUUAAGACAAAAUGUAUUUGUUUUAGUUUUUAUUUUUCAGAUUUAAUUUUUUAUUAAUGCAAGUUCUACUUUGAAUGGAAAUUAUUUAUAUUGAGUUACCGGUAAAUUAAACUGAAAUAAUUCAUUUAAAGAAUGGAUUGUUAAUUGAACUGAAUAUUAAAAUUGCAUAUUGGAACAAAUUGAUCAGAAUUGGCAGAUAUUUAGACCUGAAUACACGCUUAUGGUUUCUUCUCCAUUUAACGACAGCUUUAGAUUCCAGCAGAUCUUCACACCGUGAAUUAAACCCUGGCGUUAUAAAGAAGGAGCAUCUAAUGUCUUUAAUAAGUAAAGAGUGUUGUAACAACAGUCAAAGCAGGACACGUCUCCACACCAAAGCAUGGUGCCAUAUUGCUUUUCCUCCAGCUCACAACCUUUAAAGUCCUCCUAUGACAAUACUUUUUUUUUAAUAAAAAAGUUCACACUGGUGUUUUAGUUAGGAUUAUGAAGUUUUUAAGCAAAAAUCUCACAACAGUCUCCGUUCUCCAAAGUUUAUCUUAAGCGAUAAAGAAACGGUAAAAAGUGACAUAUUUUUGGUUCCAAAUUGACACUUUUUGAACAAUGUGUGGAAUGAAAAAACAAAGGUCUGUACCAGAUCCUGCUGUUUAAUAAAAUGACAGAUGAAAAACAACUAGGAUAAGCCCAUGAAAAAUGCUUUGAAUUACAUUAUAAUUGAGGCUUCAUUGCACUGGCUUUGGCUCAGUACUGAUUUGAUGGUAGCACAUGCAGACUGUUGAAUUCACUUACACAGCAGAGAAAUGAAAUGAAGGAAAGAAAGUGACUAUUUGCAUUUAAUUUUUCAAAUACGUGCAGCCAGUGCUGAACUUUGUACAGUCUACGGUUAACUAUGUAAUUCUUGCAGCAGAGGCAUCCAGUUUCAAUCUUGUCUUCUGGGGCACCUGAGCUUUUACAUGCUGGACGGGGCAGAGCUGUUGUGACAUCACAAUGGCUUAUUCAUUCAACCAGAGCGUCUUUGCAACAGUUUGAUUCAAAGUGGUUUAACAGGAGAAUUACUCAGAGAUGGAAAAAGGAAAGGAUUUCUUAUUACAUUUGCUCUCUUUCAUAAGAAAAAUGCCGCACGUACAUGUCAAAAACUCAAAACACAUGAUUUUUAUCGGAGGGGGACUUUUAAAGUAAUGGAGCUGGUUAUUAAAAUAAUAAUGCAUUUUGUGGUACAAGCACUAAAUAUGUCAUGGAUGUACUUGAGGGACCCCCUCUUUCAGAAAAGCACAUUAGCCACAGGAAAUUUAAAGAUUUGAAAAUAUAUAUAAUAUACAUGUAAAAGUAUACUGUGGGUAAAUUUUAAAGACUGCAAUUUGUGCAUGAACAGUCCAUAUUGUUGAGACUGGGAAAAAUACACACUGAAUAUUUUAUUAACAAUUGAAGGUAAGGUCGCCAUCUUUACAAACGGCCACCAUUUCGCUUUUCUGUAAGAGGAGAUCGUACCAUCUAUGCCAAAUGUCAGGCAUGCCCAACAAAAUGCACGCUUUUUCUAAAAUAUCAACCUAACCGGCUCCGCUAUGGGGCAACCCGUUUCUAAAGGGUGAGAGCAAAUCCACUUAUGUUUAAGUAAAACUGGUGCUGUCCAUUAUGUAUAAAUAUUCUGCAACGUUUGGUUAAUUAAUUACAUUUAACACUUUUAGUUUUGAAAAGAUCGUUUGGGUGUAAAAUUAGAAAAAUUCUCACAGUAAGAAUAUUGGUUGUCUUCCCUGAGUACUUAUUGGAAUGUGUGUUCAUUUGCCGAUUGUGGGAUUUAUUGUGUUUAAUUAAAGACGGAACGGUUUAAUCGGGUUUCCAGUCAUCUGAAACAAUUCUGUGUACAUUAGGAAAAGGUUAAUUGUUUUCUUGCAGAGUCAGAGCAAAAGCAGAAUUUAUGUUGUGUAAGUCUGAAUGCAAACUAACUUGACUACUAUCUCUCAACAUUUUUUGUAUUUCUUUUUUUAAAAAUAUAUAAAAAUAUAUUUUAUUCUUAAAAGGUUCACAGGUGACGCUUCACAGAUUGAUUGUAUUUUAUAGUUGAUGUGUAAACCUGGCAUUCUGCAGAGAAAAGACUUUGAAGAAUCUACACAAACAAA